AUGGGAAAUCUGAUGCUUCAGAUCGAGUUUCAGAAGCAUGUGGCUAGUGUCCGCAAGUGCGGGGCUAAUAAGCCAGAGAAACUGAGUUCUGGAGUGGUAUAUUUGGGUCACCUUCCCAGAGGACUUUAUGAACCUCAACUCAAGGAAUACUUCACUCAAUUUGGAACUGUCAAAAGACUCAUGCUUUCCAGAAGUAAAAAGACUAGAAAUAGUAAGGGCUAUGGAUUUCUGGAGUUUGAAUCUGAUGAUGUUGCUAAGAUUGUUGCUGAUAGAAUGAAUAACUACCUUUUUUGUGAACGGCUACUGAAGUGUAAUUUUGUGCCACCUGAAAAAGUACAUGAAGAACUUUUCAAAGGCUGUGAGAUUCCAUUUGCAAAGCCCUCUCAUCUAGCAGUAAAACGUUAUAACAAGGAACGAACAUAUAAAGAAAAGAUAAGAAUGAAGAAGCAAUUUAAAAAGAAAGAAAAUAAACUCCAAAAGAGAUUAGCUGAAAAAGGAAUAGAUUACACAUUUCCUAAAUUAGUUUUAUGAAACAAAAGAAAAAAAAAGGUUGCAGGAACUACUACUCUUCAGAAGAAUGUUGAUAAUAAGGAAUUGCCCAAGAAAGAGAAAAUGAAUGUUUCAGAUACUGCCCUUGAUACUGUGGCUAGCCAGGGUGCCACACCUAUUUGUUCACCAACAUUUUUAGAGAGGCGAAAAGCUCAAGCAGUUGAAAUGAAUGAUGAUGAUGAUGAUGAUGAUGAUGAUGAUGAUGAUGAUAAUGAAAUUAUAUUUACGCUACAACCAAUUAUUAACAAGAAAGGAACACUAUUGACUCAGACUCUACCAAGUUCAAGAAGAAAAAAGGCAAAGAAAAAUAAAGGAUUAUCCUGAAUAUCACAUCUGCUCGGGGAACUUGGGUUUUGUUAUUAGAACCUAUUUUUGCAUAUAUGAUGGCAGUUUUGAGUGGUUCUUCUUAACCAUUUGUUCAGUUAAUUUUGUGGAGGAAA